AGCAAUGAGUUUUAUGAUGACUUGAGUCCACUCAAACCUAAUAGGAUAGGUUUCGCUUACAUUUAUGGUUGGCGAGGAAGGAUACCCAUCCUCUUGCUCGUAUGUUGAGUUGACGUUUGCACAACGUGCAACGAUCGGCGUCUCGACCACGGCCAUGUCGAACCAAAGCCUUUCGCCACGAUGUUAGGCAACUAGGGUGAACAUAUUUACUUUGUAUAGAAAAAGGUGGCGGAGGUCAACUUUUUAGACGACGGUGUUCAGCGGCGGCAUAAGGGAGAUUUCAGAUGAAAAAGCUUACAUCGAUCCUUUACAGCUACAAGGUGAUAUCAAUAAUUCCUUGUCAUCAUCCUCUGAUAAACAUAUUCUACAUUGGCGACUGGAUUCAAGAGAGUGUUUGGCAUUUGGAGAGUCUGUCAUGUUGUAAUCAUGCUUUGACGCAAAGAUGAUUGUGCACACGACACUGGAAACUCAGACGGGCUAUUUCUGAUAUGCAAUUUUGUCACAUGCUGGCAUGCGGAUAAACAUUUUAGUCACUUGAAGACGGCAAAAGACAGAAAGAAAAAAAGAAAAGAAAGAAAGAAAGAAAGCAAAGUUGACAGUAAAACCCUGUUGUUCAAGCUUCGACGUAAAAAAAAAAAUAAUGGCUAUGGAGCUAACGACUGCACACACUUUGGGGCAAAAAUGAAAAGACUGGCCAACAUUCACAUGGAGUGUAGUGUAACAAUGAUACUGACUGGUU